GCCUCGGGCAGCAGAGUUGCACCCAAAGGGUGGGGGAGGGGCGCGGGCAAUUACACCAAAGUUGGAGGAGAAGCGGCGGCGGCAGAGAGUGCACAGAAGCCACGCGGGUCCCGGAGAAGCGGAGUAAGGGAAAGAAGAAGCGGCUGAGGAGGAGGGGAGGAGGAGGAGGAAGAGAAAGAGAAGAAAGAGGAGGAGGAGGAGGAGGAAGAAAAGGAGGAGGAAGAAGAGGAGGAGGCUGGAUUCUUUCGCACGAUGCCCUCCUUCGACGAGGUGCUGCAGAAGGCGGGCGAGUUCGGGCGCUUCCAGCGGCGGGUGUUCCUGCUGAUGUGCCUGACGGGCAUCACUUUUGCCUUCCUCUUCGUCAGCGUGGUCUUCCUGGGCAUCAGCCCGGACCACUACUGGUGCCGGGGUCCCAGCGCCGCGGCGCUGGCCGAGCGCUGCGGCUGGAGCCCCGAGGAGGAAUGGAACCGCACGGCACCCGCCCGGAGCGCGCGGGAGUCGGGAGUCCGCUCCGACGGGCGCUGUGAGCGCUACGAGCUAGAGGCGGCCAACUGGAGCAGCGCUGCGGACGCCGCCACCGCCGCCGCCGCGGGGGGGCUGAGCUGCAGCGACCCGCUCGCCUCCUUUCCCAACCGCACGGCGCCCUUGGUGCCCUGCCAGGGCAACUGGAAGUACAGCCAGUCCCACACUACCAUUAUCAGCGAGUUUAACCUCGUGUGUUUAAACUCUUGGAUGCUGGACUUUACCCAGGCUGUUCUGAAUCUGGGGUUUCUGGCUGGGGCUUUUACUCUGUGCUAUGCAGCAGACAGGUAUGGAAGAAUAAUUAUAAUUUUGAUCUCCUGCUUUGGUGUGGGAGUAAGUGGUAUCGUUGUGGCCUUUGCUCACUAUGCUGUGUUUGUGAUCUUUCGCUUUCUGCAAGGUGUUUUUGGAAAGGGAACAUGGAUGACAUCUUAUGUUAUUGUGACAGAAAUGGUUGGUUCAAAACAGAGAAGGAUUGUGGGAAUCGUGAUUCAAAUGUUCUUCACCCUUGGAAUCAUAAUUAUCCCUGGGAUCGCCUACCUUAUUCCCAAAUGGCAAGGAAUUCAGCUAGCCAUCACACUGCCCAACUUUCUGUUCCUUCUCUAUUACUGGGUGGUUCCUGAGUCCUCCCAGAUGGCUAAUCACUCGGAAGAAAGGAGAAAGGCCUUGAAAAUUCUGCAGAGUAUUGCCAAGUAUGGGAAAUAUCUCUCAGCAAAUUAUUCAGAGGUAAUUCUAUCACUGGUUACAGAUGAGGAGGUUAGUAAUCCAUCCUUUUUAGAUCUGGUGAGGACUCCCCAAAUGAGGAAAUGCACACUUAUUCUAAUGUUUGCUUGGUUCACAAGUGCAGUGGUUUACCAAGGACUUGUCAUGCGCCUGGGAAUCAUAGGUGGAAACCUCUAUAUAGAUUUUUUAUCUCAGGAGUUGGAAUUGCCGGGAGCUCUCCUGAUCUUACUAACAAUUGCUAUUGGACGACGCCUUCCCUUUGCAUUGAGCAAUAUAGUGGCAGGAAUUGCAUGUCUUGUUAUGGCGUUCUUACCAGAAGGGACACCAUGGUUGAGAACCUUAAUAGCUACCAUAGGAAGACUGGGGAUUACUAUGGCCUUUGAAAUUGUUUAUCUGGUGAAUUCAGAAUUGUACCCCACAACCUUAAGAAACUUUGGUGUUUCAUUGUGUUCAGGUUUGUGUGAUUUUGGUGGUAUUGUUGCUCCAUUCCUGCUGUUCCGGCUAUCAGCCAUUUGGUUAGAACUACCUCUUAUCAUUUUUGGUAUUCUUGCAUCAGUCUGUGGAGCUCUUGUCAUGCUCUUACCCGAAACAAGGGGUAUUGCCUUACCUGAGACAGUUGAGGAUGUAGAAAAGCUUGCCAGCCCACAUUUCUACAAAAGAGGCAAGAAGAAGAAAAGUCAAGUAACAAGCACUCACACUUGAAUCCUUGCCAAAGAUGAAAGAAGGUAUUUAGUGAGGUUCUACCCCAGGAACCUGGUUCCUAUCAGAUUUUGAAAUCAGUAAAACACAACUUGCAAGGAUGUGUGUUUCGUUUUCAACCACAUUCUAAUAUGAACAAGUUCUCUGUACUAUAUAUACAUAUCGUAUUUCAAGUACGAUACAUAGACUUUUAAAAUAUCCACUGUAUUUUUGUACAAUAUUGGAAAUAGCAGGUAUUUCUUUCUGGGAGAAUGGGACACGUGGCCAAUAUCACUAGAGUCACUUCCUUGAGCAGCUUUCAUGGAGGCCAAGAAAUUUUCUUUGUAUCAGAGUUGUUUACUUCUGAGACAAUGAGGGGAAAAUAACUACGUGAUGAAUGACAAAAUAUGCCUACCCCAUUCUGAUGAGGAUUCCUCCAGCAAGUCAGGAAAUGCAAACAGAAUUUAGGACUGGUGUUGGUGACCUGAGGAGCAAUAAUCUAAUUCAAUUCAGUCAGAAAAAAUAUGGAGUGACUUCAUCAAAAUCUAGCCAAACAAUUAAAGUGCUAUGUUGAAAAUCUUUUUAAAAGACCACAGAAGACCAAGAUGGAAUCCUAAAUAUAUUGGACAACACUAUGCUGAGCCUUUGGAGUAUAGCAUUCACCAAUUUGUCUUCCCUUUUCCCUUUCAUCAGUUUCCAUAAAUCUUACCUUGGUUUAGGCAUUGUGCCAAUUACGAAGAUUCAUUUGCCUUACAGGUUGAGAUUUUGGUUAGAUUACUUAUUGCUCAAGAUUAACCCUGAGAUUAUCCAAAAAGAUUAUUAUUUUUUCCUUCAAUGGACACCUAGAGCCAGAUCUUUAAUCCAAUGAAAAGGAACUGUGGAAGGGAAAAUGGCCUUCACUACUGCUGGGUUCACAGUUCUCUGCAUUUUCAAAGGUUGAAGUGUUUGUAUUUUAUUUGUUAGGUUUGUUUCUUAAUAAUAUCUAUAUUUAAUAAGGCACAGGGAUUUCUUAUUCACUUUUUCUAAUUCUUGCUUAUCCAAGGACUGAGCCAACACUUAAUGCAAAAUGAAGAUGUACAGCCAUGCUUAAACUAAUUAGCAUCCAGUUUUGUAAGUGCUCUUAGACAUCACAAAAUAUCCUUGAAUGACAUCCAUUUUUUUUAGUAUUCUACUCAGUACAUUCUACUUUUGGGUUGAGUAUGUACCUUAUACAAUAUUCUUAAAUAUUAUUUUUCUGGGACAUGCGGUAGAGGGACACUAAAGGACAGAAGAUUCAGACAAUGUUAGAGAGAAUUUCUAUUAGAGUAUGCAUAUAUAGAUAUAUAUGUACACAAUAUGUGUGCUAAUCACAAUUUACACUUUUCAUCCUCAUAUCACAACUGAUUGAAAUGUAAAAUGGUUCAUUUUAUAAAAUAUGUCAGACAAUUUCCUUUGGCUUUUAGUGAUGUGGUAUGGCUUUACUAAUUGAUAUUGUAUUGCUGUUUCCUUUCUCCUCUUAAGAGCACUAGCUUUAAGAGGGCUUGUCUAUUGUUUAAUAUUACCUCUAUAUCUUUAAGCUAUUUUACUUUCAGUAAAAAUAAAAGGUGAUAA